CCGUUCCAACUUCUUUCGCGCGAAAGGCAUCCCAUCCCCCGCCACCGCGCAUCAUUUUUUUUUUAUUUAAAAAAAGCGACCCAGUUCACAACCUUGCAUCAUCUAUUUCUUACUGCCUUUGUAAGCCCGGGAAGCGGGCAGCGAUUUCCCCAUUGCCCCCAGUUCGCUUAUUUGGAGAUGGAAGACGGCAGCAGUAACGGAGGCGUCCAGGUGGCCUCUCCCUUCGUAGUGAAGACGUACAGGAUGGUGAACGACCCGGCGACGGACUCCGUGAUCUCAUGGGGGAAGGACAACAACAGCUUCGUGGUGGCCGACCCCUUCGUCUUCUCCCAGACCCUCCUCUCCGCCCACUUCAAGCACAACAACUUCUCUAGCUUCAUCCGCCAGCUCAACACCUAUGGGUUUCGGAAGGUGGAUCCGGAUCGAUGGGAGUUCGCCCAUGCAUCGUUUCUCAGAGGACAAACGCAUCUUCUCCCGCGAAUCGUCCGGCGGAAGAGUAGCAACUCGAAGGGCGGCGGCAGAGAAGGAGGGGGAAGGGGGGAGGAGGAGGAGGAGGAGGAGGAGGAGAGGGUGGCGAUGGAGGUGGUAAGGCUGAAGGAGGAGCAGAGGAAGAUCGAAGAGAAGGUGCAGCGGAUGCGGCGGCGGGUGCAGGAGACGGAGCGCCGGCCGCAGCAGAUGCUGGCGUUCUUGGUGAAGGUGGCGGGGGACCCGCUCGUGCUCCACCGUUUUAUGGGGACGAGCGAGGGAGGGAAGAAGAGGGCCAGGCUUCGGCUGGAGGGGAACAGGGGAGAGUUGGAGGCGGCGCCGGUGGAGGUGGGGAUGGACGGCCGUUUUCAGUCGCUUCCGGUUGAGUUCGAUGGGGGUUUCCUCGCUGUGGAUGGCGUGGACUCGUUCUUCAACACCGUUGACUCGGUGGGAGUUUACGGCAGUCCGGCGUCCGGUGUCGGAGGGGUGGAGGUGGGCCGUGGAGGGCCUUAUCCUUACUCUUUCCUGGACGGGAAUGGGUUUUAAUUUUUCGUAUUUCUACACGCUCUUUUAACGUUUUCUUUUCCUCAGUUUCUUAUCUUUUUCCCUGUUUCCUCUUUCUUCA